CCAUCUUUGGCAAUCACCCACUAAACUAAACCCGCCUUGGUUUCUCUCACUUUCCUCUUUAAUUUUUCUCGGCAAAAACAAGCAUGGUGAAAGGGCCUGGUCUCUACUCCGAUAUCGGCAAAAAGGCUAGGGAUCUUCUUUACAAGGAUUACCAGUCGGACCACAAAUUCACUGUCACUACUUACACCUCCAAUGGAGUCGCAAUCACAUCAACUGGGAUUAAGAAAGGUGAAUUGCUUUUGGCUGAUGUAACCACUGAGCUGAAGAACAAGAACAUCACAACCAAAGUGAAAGUUGACACUAAUUCUAAUCUAUUUACCACUUUUACUGUCGAUGAACCUGCACCCGGAUUGAAGACAAUCUUCAGUUUUAUUGAACCUGAUCAAAGGUCUGGCAAGGUGGAACUGCAAUACCAACAUGAGUAUGCUGGCAUAAGCACUAGCAUCGGUUUGACUGCUAAACCCAUUGUUAACUUUUCCGGGGUGGUUGGAAAUAAUUGUGUCUCUGUUGGGACUGAUCUUUCAUUUGACACUGCCAACGGAAACUUUACCAAAUUGAAUGCUGGGCUGAAUUUCAGCCAUUCUGACCUUGUAGCUUCCCUUACAUUAAAUGAUAAAGGCGACACUCUUAAUGCUUCCUACUACCACAUUGUUAGCCCAUUGACUAACACAGCUGUUGGUGCGGAGCUGACCCGUAGUUUUUCAAUUAAUGAGAACUCUCUCACAAUCGGUACACAGCAUGCUCUUGACCCGUUGACAACAGUGAAGGCUAGACUGAACAACUAUGGCAGAGCAAGUGCUCUGAUCCAGCAUGAGUGGCGCCCGAAAUCUCUCUUCACAAUCUCUGGAGAGGUGGACACCAGAGCAAUUGAAAAGAGCGCUAAAGUUGGGCUGGCAUUGGCACUCAAGCCUUAGGGAAAGGCGAUAUUUCUGCGCAAAAGAAGGCGGGACUUUACCUUUUGAAUGAUGAAACUGGAUGUCUGGAAGACUUAGGAGAGUAAUAAUGUGAAGGAUUUUUAAUGAUCUUGGAUUGGAGAAAUAAUUGUGAUUGAUGAACUGAAAAUUGGCAAUUUGUUUUGUUGAAUUUCCAAGGGCGUAUAGAUUUUAAAGAUCAAAGUUUCGUGUAGUCUAUUCAUUUGUGAAAUCAAUUGUUGCAUACAUGCUAUUACUCUCGCUU